AUGAAGCCUUCAACCAGUGGACCAACUCAAAAGUCAGUUGCCCUUCAAACUGGGGAAUCCAUUAGUGAAAACUCCCAAACGGUCUACACGUCAGCUGAAGACGAAUUUCAGGCCACAAAAAGCAGCAACAGUAAUCCGGACAAUCCAUAUCUCACUGCUGCCAAUGCAAACACCUCAGCUAGUCCACUAAAAUCACUAGAAACGCCCUCAGUUACAGAAGACUCCAUAGCUGAUAUCAGCUUCAGCUUUGCUUCACAAAAUCAACAACCACAACAAUGUGGAAGUAUGUUCUUGAGUAAUCACUACGGACCAGAUAAGCUACUUCAUGGAACUAACAACUUUGGAGUAAACCGAAGCGCCAGUUUCCACACUGGAGAUCAAUUAAGGAUUGAUUCGCCUUCUGCAAUGCUCCGGAUACCGCGAUCUCAACCCUUCUACCCGGGGGUUUAUAUGCUGAGCCAUGAUGUCCAAAUUCCCGAAUUCCAUCCGCAUAAUCAACCUAGGUAG